CAAUGCCGGGGGCGUGGUCGCGUGACGUCAGGGGGUGGAAGAAAAUAGCAGAGCAGGAAUCAAAACAAGAGACGGGCACGCCUUCGUUCUUAAAGUGUAUAGGAGCUAAUUCUUUUUUAAUCUGCAGAAAUUCAAGUUUGUGAUCAUCGCGGGGCCUCACGGGAGCGACGCGUCGGUGAGCGCAGACAGAAAAGCGCAAACGGCGGAGGAGCGCGCUGCAGACACGGAGCCCGCAGAAAUGUCAGGCUGCUGCUGAGAAAGGUCGAAAAUAACAGUGACAUUUGAAUCCUGCGAAAUGCCCAACCAGAAGAGUAGUAAGGGCAAGAAAAGCAAACGCACCAACAGCAGCGGGGACGAGCAAGAAAAUGGAGCCUGUGCGGCUGCAGCAGGAGGCGCGGCCGCGGCGCCGAGGACCGAUCGCUCCAGCGAGGUCCAGUGUGCCACGCCCCUUGGGUGCAGCUUUGGGAACACCAUUGAUCUGGAGAAGGACGAGUACCAGCGGGUGUUUUGUAACAAUGAGCUCUGCCCGUAUGGCAACUGGAUGCACCUGCAGUGCUUCUACGAGUGGGAGAGCUCCAUUCUGAUCCAGUUCAACUGUAUAGGCCGCGCGCGGUCCUGGAAUGAGAAGCAGUGCCGCCAGAACAUGUGGACCAAGAAGGGUUACGACCUGGCCUUCAGGUUCUGCUCCUGUCGCUGCGGCCAGGGCCACUUGAAGAAAGACACGGACUGGUACCAGGUCAAGCGCAUGCAGGAUGAACGCAAGAAGAAGCCAUGUGAGAAGAGUGCAGGCAGGAGCGGGUCCAGCGGAGGAGGAGCAGGGUCUGGAGACGGGCUGUUUGAGGAGCCCAAGAAAAGCAAGCCAGCCGGGGCAGGUAAACUCGCCCAGCGGGCCUCCAGUCAGGAGUUACCACGGAGACAAUCGGUUGAGCGUCAGAACUCUGCAGAGAGAGGAGUAUCAGCCGCGGGACAUGGUAUAGGAGGCGCCUCCCCUCUGGGACCUCCACAGAAGUCUCCCUGUGACUCCCCUGGACAGUCUCCACCUACUGGUUUCUCCUUCUCCCCGACUACUUCCCUUGGAUCCGGCGGUGCAGCAGCAGGUUUGCGGGGUUCCCGUCAGCUGGGAGAAUUCCUCAAAUCGGCCGUCCACAUGGACGCGCAGAGGAAGCAGAUGUUGAUUGGGGGAGCCCUCAGCCAGGCCGGCGGAUCCUCAGUAGGGGCGUCUGGUGGGGUUGCUGGCUGUCCCCAGCUGGAUAGUGGUUCUGUUCUCCCUCUGUCUCUGUCCUUUGCCCUCCCGCUUCACCACCAGCUCACCUCGAACAGUGUGACCGACGGCAUCCACUCUCAUCCGGUGCAGUUCCUGAGGAGGCUGGACCUCUCAGAGCUGCUCACCCACAUCCCUCGACAUAAACUCAAUACCUACCAUGUCCGCAUGGAGGAUGACGCCCAGGCGGGGCAGGGGGAGGAGCUGCGCAGGUUUAUACUGUCAGCCCUCAGUGCCAGCCAGAGAAACGUGGUCCACUGUGCUCUGUGCCACCGGGUGCUGCCAGUGUUUGAACAAUUCCCUUUGGUGGACGGGACUCUGUUUCUCAGUCCUUCACGGCACGAGGAGAUUGAGUAUGAUGUCCCCUGCCACCUUCAAGGCAGGCUAAUGCAUCUCUACGCCAUCUGUGUGGACUGUCUAGAAGGCGUCCACAAGAUUGUCUGCAUCAAGUGCAAGUCGCGCUGGGACGGGAGCUGGCACCAACUGGGCACCAUGUACACCUAUGAUAUACUAGCCGCUUCGCCGUGUUGUCAGGCUCGUCUUAACUGUAAGCACUGCGGUAAGCCGGUAGUGGACGUCCGCGUAGGAAUGCAGUACUUCUCCGAGUACAGCAACGUCCAACAGUGUCCUCACUGCGGCAAUCUAGACUAUCACUUUGUUAAACCCUUCUCCUCCUAUAAAGUACUCGAGGCUUAUUGACAAAUGUUGUCCAUGCAUGCUAGUUAAAAUACUUUUUUCUAACUGUCUAGGAAAGAUUUUAUUUUUCAUGCCAUAAGGUGGUUUUAUGUUUCAUUUUCAGUAUCUUUAAGUUUCUUUUUAUGUAUAGAUAGUAUGAUUCUAGUUCAAAUAAAAGUUCCGAGAUAGUAUCUCUGCUGUUACAGAAAGGUGUUGAUAAAGUCCAGGACUGACAUUUCAGCCAAGCAAAUACAUUUAUCUGUGACAAUGAAUGUAUCUGUACACCAAAUUCGCUUUUAUUUUUGAACAAAAAUAAAAUAAUAAAAAACUCAUAGCUGAGAAA